AUGAAAUUCUACAGCAAAUAUGCCUCAAUAGACCUGUCAUCUUUCAGCCAGGUCAACCAUAUCUGCAAACAGGUGGGAGUCCCUAUUCUUUAUCGAAACCUUACCCUUACAUUCGAGGCUAUCCAAAGCCAAGACGCUACAUUGUCAAAAGUGACAGAUGCUCCCCUGGGAAGCCAUUUCAAGAAAUAUGCCAGGAGGUUAUCCGUUGUGUGCAUCGAGUUGCCGGCAGACUGUGAAUUCGAACAAGCCCAGGCGUGGAAGUUGGAGCCAUGGGCAAUUAGUAUGGCAACCGAUCGAAAGCCGGCGACGAGGAAAGGCUUCUUGGAGCAUUAUAUGACCUCUUGCUACUCGCCAAGUGGCGGAUAUAUCCUUUCGAGUGUUCCCCGAAGGGUUAGCGAAACUCGAAACUGGGCACCGGCUGUGUCGCUUAUCGUUAGCUUAGACCGCCUUGAACAAUUUGACUUUGUCACGAGUAACGACUUCACAACUAGCUUGAUGGAAGCUUUCUCGCACUAUCUAGUCCACUCUCUCCAGAAGCUAAGACCGUAUCUAACGGGGACUACGAAUUCAAUAUAUAUACCCUUCAGCUACCGGGCCUUCACACCCUGA